AUGGACAUCUCUUACGAGAGCUUCGCCGACUCAAAGCCUUUCAGAUUUCUCGUUGGUCCAGCAGCAAAGCCCUUCUACAUUCAUGCCAAACUCGCCACACAGCUUUCCAGCACUAUGGCCGCUCUGGUCGAAGGUAGUAUGGCUGAGGCAAAGAGAUGUUAUGCAGUGCUUGAGGACAUCGAUGAGGACACCUUUGUUCGAGUUGUUCAAUUCGCAUACACUGGUGACUACGCUGUUGCCGAGCCAGAUACCCCUGUCGAAAAUUCUUCCAAUCACCUGGACCACGCCGAACCGGCUCCGGCUGUGUAUGAAUACCUACCUGAAGAGGAACCUUCUAACGCAGUGCUACCUGCUGAGCCAGAUGAAAGAACCAGGGGUGAGCGGGCAUGGGAUUUUUUCCAGAGCGCCGCAUACAAGAAAGAAACACAGCCGUGGCAGCCGGAAGUCAACCAAGAUUCUCGCCAGGAUUACACACCGGUCUUCCUGUGUCAUGCCAAACUCUACAUCUUCUCUGACAAGUAUAACAUCGAGCCGCUGCAGGAACUUGUGCUACAAAAGCUCCGGCUCACCUUGUCAAGGUUCAUACUGCAUCCACAGCGAGUUAACGAUGUUGUCGAACUGCUGAAGUACACCUAUGCAAAUACGGCUUCACGCGAUGUGAAAGAUGACAAACUGCGCGAUCUCGUCUCUGACUACCUAGUGUGCCACAUCGAGAAGAUUGUAUACGACGUGGAGUUCAUCAACAUGCUCGGGAAAGAAGGAGACGGGAGAGAAGGAGAUGUGGCAAAGGACCUCCUGCCCAAGCUGGUGCGACUACGUUUAGAUUGA